AUGUGGCAAAUUACAAAAUGGGUCAAUGACCAUAACUGCUUAGGCGACAUGAUUAGAAAUAACAAUACAAGCCUGACGGCUUCCGUUAUUUCAAGGCACAUACUCCGUAGCAUUGAAGAUAAUCCUGGGUUGAAGGUCAAGAACAUACUAAGUUUCGUUAAAGAAAAUUUGAAGGUUGAUGUGUCUUACAAAAAAGCCUGGUAUGCCAGACGUAAAGCAAUUGAGCUUGUGGUUGGAUCUUGGGAGGCGAAUUUUGCCGAGCUACCACAGUAUCUCGAUGCCCUGGUGCAAUCCAAUCAAGACACCGUGGUGGAGUGGUCACAUCAUUCGGAUAGUUCGGAUCGAGUUAAAACUUUUAAGUAUGUAUUCUGGGCCUUUGGACCGGCUAUUGAAGCAUUCCAUAUGUGCAGGCCGGUUAUAUGUGUUGAUGGCACUCAUUUGCGUGGCGAAUAUAAGGGCAAACUCCUUGUUGCAGUCACUCAAGAUGCGACCAACAAGAUUCUGCCAAUUGCUUAUGCCAUAGUUGAUGAGGAGACGAUUUUCAGUUGGUCAUGGUUCAUGGAACAAUUAAGAUAUAAUGUGGCACUUGAUCGACAUCCUAUCUGUGUCAUUUUCGAUUGCCACAAUGGUAUCAUCUAUACCAUGACACACUUUGACUAUUGGGAGGAACCUUUGGCCUACCAUAGGUUUUGCCUGCGACAUGUUAGGAGCAAUUUGAUUACACACUUCAAAGGUUUACACCUUAAAAAGUUGUGUUGGGCAAUGGGAAGGGCAAGACAAUUGCACAAGUGGCGGAUGUUCAAAAGAGAACUACGAAGCAUGUUUCCAGAUGCUUAG